AAGGGACAUAUAUAGAAAAAAAAAAGGGGGAAAAUGAGAGAAGAAGAGAGAGGAGGAGACUUAGACAUCGUCUUUCUCCUUUGUGAGAAUUUGUUUUUUCUUUUUUUUUUUUGGAAAAGCCUAAUCUCCUGAAUCGCUUCGUCGGAGUCUUCUCACCGCUAAUCGUUUUAAUUUAGAUAUAGUGUCGAUCGGAGCUAAUCGACGAGUCUCUAACAAACCCUAAUUUUUUUGAUCCAUUGAAUCAAUCAUGGCCUCCUCCAAUAACCCUAACUCUUCUUCUUCUUCUUCUUCCGGCAGCCCCACCGCCGCGCAAUCGCGCCGCCCCUCUCGGCAUGUUUCCUCUCCCUGGACUCAAAUCGUCCGCGGCGGCGAAUCGGUCCCCACGAUCGCCGCCGCCGCAGCUGCUCCGUCCUCUCCUCAAUCCAAGCCCCCGAUCGAGCCGAUCGCUGAUGCUUCUGCUUCUUCGGUCGAGGCGGCGGCUGGAGAGGAGAAACCGGAGGGCAAUGCCGGGAAGAAACCGGUUUGGAAAAGGCCUUCUAACGGUGGGGCUGCUGCUUCUGAGGUUGGACCUGUCAUGGGAGCUUCGUCUUGGCCUGCGCUUUCGGAGGCUGCCAACAAGUCUUCCUCUGACUCUCUUAAAAGCCUCGGCGAUGUUGUAGCGCCGUCGCCACCUGUCCCCGUUUCUCAGGGAAUUGCUAAUGCUUCUGUUCCUGCAUCGAAGCCAGUGGGCCGUGCAAAUCCUAAUCCAACACCAAACAACUCGCGCCAGAGAUCAUUUAAACGAAAUGGCGCUUCUGGAUCCGCUGCUAAUGGUACUGCUUCCCAACCAUCAGGGCUGAGUUCACUUGCGGAGUCGCCUUCGCACAACCCUUCUCCCAGAGGCCAGAACCAGAGGAACGGCUUUCCGUCACAAACCCAUGGUGGUAGUGGUGGUGGUGGGGCUGACAACGUAUCUCAACGAGACUCGUACAGGAACCAAAACGGUAACCAUCACCAAACUCACGGCGGCAGGCGCAAUCAGGAGCAGCACGGAAAUCAAAACUGGACUUUCAGCAGGAGCUUUAAUGGGAGAGAAGGGAAUGCACAAUCACAGAGAGGUGCUCCUCCAGCUUUUGUAAGACAUCCACCUCCUCCAUCUGUGCAGACAAUUCCUCCUCAGUUUAUGGCGGCUCAGCCGUUUGCCAGCCCUCUGCCUUUCCCUCCUGAACUGGCGUCGCAAUAUUAUCAGCGUAUGCCUUUCGUUGCUCCUCUCUCACCUGGGCCAGUCUUCUACCAUGUCCAAGAUCCUCCUUUGAACAUAAAACUUCAGAAGCAAAUACAUUAUUAUUUUAGUGAAGAGAAUUUGAUUAAAGACACAUAUCUUCGUCGGCAGAUGGAUGAUCAGGGUUUUGUUCCACUACCUGUGAUUGCUGGUUUCAAUAAGGUUGCAGAACUUACAGAUAGUGUGCAGCAAAUAGCGGAGGCUCUACAAGGUUCACCUGUUGUUGAAGUUCAGGGUGAAAGAAUAAGGAAACGCUAUAAUUGGCAACUUUGGUUGAUUCCUCAAGACCCUUCGAGCCCCCUGUCUGUUGGUGCAGUAGCAAGCCGAGUCGGAAACUUGGCUCUUGGUGAGAGCUCGGCAGGUCCAAAUGGUGGCUCAAGCAGUCGGCUCCAACCUGCGGGAGCAGGAAACGAAGCUGUUUCAGAUGGUCAGCAACAGUCUCCUGGUGGUGUUCCAGGGAGCAACCGCAAUGGCUCGGAUGGUGCAAACCGUUGAACCAUCAUGUUUGGAGCUAGUGGUUAGUGCUGGACAUGAAAUAUUUAUUAUUUCGUCCUGCCUAAAAUCAGGAAAAAAAAAACAAUAAUGAAGGGGGAAUCCAGAAAAAGAGAGAUAAAGGUAAGGCAUAAAACCAAAAAUAAAAAGAGACCCAUAUGAAAACCAGAAAAGGAUCAAAACAUUUGUGAUUCUUCAAGCUUUUUCAUUUUAUGGAUUUUUUUUUAUUUUUAUUUUGGUUUAUUUUGGAUGCUAAUAACCUUUUUUUUUUAUGUUUAUGCUACUUUGCGACAUGAGAUGGGUCAUUGACGGUUCCUUUGUAAACCUUUGUUAUGUUUUGGGAUUUGUCUGGUUUUGCUUGCUA